AUGUGGGUGGGUGGGACGUGCGAGGGCGGGGAGUUGCUGCAGCGUUUGGUGGAUGCGGAGAGCCGCGGCAGCGCUCUGACGGAGAAGAGCCUCAGCGUUGUUAUGCGGCAGCUCAUCAACGCGUUGGCUUACUUUCACAGCAAACAUGUCGCACACAAAGAUCUGAAGCCUGAGAAUAUUCUGUUCCAGGACAAGUCGCCAGACUCCCCCAUAAAAGUCAUCGACUUCGGUCUUGCGGAGUUGUUUGAGAAGACUGACGCCCACAGCAAAAAUGCAGCAGGCACUGCGCUGUAUAUGGCCCCCGAAGUGUUCAUGCGGCACCUCUCCCUCAAGUGUGAUAUCUGGUCAGCUGGUCUUGCCCAGGUGGGCCUCCCCCAGUGGGAUAUCAACAGAAUCAUUCAAUCUAUUGACGUUGACGACUCGGGAAAUGUUUCAUAUACAGAGUUCUUGGCAGCGUGCUACUCAUGGCAGGAAUCAGAGCUAAAUGUUAUCUGGACUGCUUUUCAGAAGAUGGACAAGGAUGGAGAUGGGAAAAUAUCGGUUCCCGAGUUUGAAGCAGUUCUUGGCGGCGAGGAUUACCGUUUAGUCCCAAAGGAUACAAUAAAGGCACUCGUGGCGCAGAUAGACAAGAAUGGCGAUGGCCAGAUCGACUGGGACGAAUUUUUGCAGUACAUGAAGCUCAACUAG